AUGGUUGAUAAAAAAACCGACGAAAAGAAACGUGCCCGCUCACCUUCGAGUUCAUCUUCAAGUUCCUCGGGAUCGUCUUCUUCUGGAAGCAGCUCUUCUGGAUCUAGAUCGUCCAGUUCUUCUAGUUCUUCCCGUUCAAGAUCGCCACGACGUCGCGAAAGAAGGAUGAGUGGUGGUCGUCGCUCACGCAGCAGAUCGAAUCGUCGUUCUCCUGCUCGAGCUCGAGCUCGUCGCUCACCAUCGCCGAUGCGUCGCAGACGCUCCCCAUCGCCUAGACGUCGUGAUCGGAGUGGAAGCCGUGGUCGCAGACGUUCCCCAAGACGAAGUCCGCAAACAAGAUCUCCACGUAGAGUUUCUGCAAAUAGAUCCCCGCGCCGCUCCCCUCUUCGCAAACGCUCUCUCACUCCGGCGAAAAGAAUUUGUAUAAGAAAUUUAUCGAAGAACGUACAAAAAGGUCAUCUCGAAGAAAUUUUUGCCAUCUAUGGUUCUAUCAAGCUGGUCGAUUUGCCGCCAGACCGAAAUCACCAAUACCUUCAUCGUGGAUAUGGAUAUAUCGAGUACGAAAACGUGGAAGAUGCUGAAAAGGCUAUAAAAUACAUGGAUGGUGGGCAAAUUGAUGGCUUAAUCGUAUCGGUUGAAAUGAUUUUGAACCGUGCCAGUGCUUCUGGGGCGCGUCGAUCCCCGAUACGCAGAAGAUCACCUGCAAGAAAGUCGCCAGUUCGUCGCGGAUCACCAUCUCGCCGUCGUAACUCACCUCUCCGAGGUAUGGAUGGAGGAGAUAAGCCAAUUGUUAAGUCUAUUCAAGACACAGGAGACAAGGUUACAAAUGCAGUCUCCCAGUUUUGGAACUUGAUAACUUCGAAUCCAUCUAUUAGAAUCGAGAGAGACGCCAAGCAUGUUUCUGUUAGUAAGUUGCCUUUAUACGCCGAGGACAAGACUGGUGAAAAAGUCAAAUUCGUUCCUGAUGAACCGUUACCACUACAACGAGAAUUCGCAACACUCCGAAUUGCUUGCGAGCGUGAAUACGAACGAAUCGUGGAAAGAUUCAAAGUUGUGGACUCGGCCGUAAACCAGACUAAGAAUGCGAUCAGUAAAACUAACGCAUAUUUAACAGAGGAAUGGACUGCACUUCCAAAAGCAGCAGCAAUAACCGUUGGUGGAAUGGCAGGAUUCAUGUUGGGAUUGAAAAGGGGUGUUUUGGGACGCACGUUCACUACUAGUGUUGGACUAGCAACAAUGGCAGCGUUUUGUUAUCCUGUCGAAGCUGUUGACGUCAUAAAAGUUGGCGUUGCGCACACUGAACAGGCUUGGCAAAACUUUCAAGACUCACCUCCCCCUGCUGCCGAAAAGUCUCCAAAGCAUUUGCUGCCAUCGAAGUAG